AUGCAGAACAGAAAAGCAAAAAUUUGGGAUGAAAAAGUAAAAGCCACAUAGGACGACGAGUUUAUUAAAACUCUUGUUGAAGAAUUCGGAGACAAGAACUGGAUAAUAAUUUCACUUACUUACUUACUUACUUAAUUAUCUGGUAUUUAAGGUGUCUAGUGCCGCAGCCCAAAAGGGCCUAUGGCAAAACUGAUGACGUAGGCGAGCCAUCUUGGCACGGGUCAGCCCCGUCCAAGCCUUCUAUCAACUCCUGCUCCACCAGCCUUGCUGCACGUCUCACCCGGCGCGAUGCCGUUGCCCUUGUCGCUCGACUCAGCUCCUGCGCGUGUUCCGCCUAAGGGUCAUCCUCCCGUGGGGAUGUGCUGAGAGGUAAAAGCCCGAAAUCUUGAGUGGACUGAGGAGUGGUUCCUCUGGUUAUCCCCAGAGUUAAACCGCUAUUGCUGUCCAGAAGUUCCCGAGUAAAAACCUAACCCUAUAAAUAAAAAUUCCAUGAGGGAGAGAAAAUUAGCAAAGCUAAUUUCUCUCGAACCGAAUGCCAUUUUAUUUAUGGAUAAUAAUUUCACAAAAACUUGAGGAGCGUUACAACGUGAAAGGAAGGUAAGAAAUAUCUAGAACCGGCAAACAAUGCAGAGAACGGUGGCAUAACCACAUAAAUCCUAAAAUAAUUAAAGAAGCCUGGACAAAAGAAGAAGAGAAAACGCUGUUUGAGUAUCAGAGAAUAUAUGGGAAUAAGUGAUCUGAAAUAGCAAGAUACCUCCCAGGCAGAUCAGAUAAUUCAAUAAAAAACCAGUUUUACAGUACUGUUAGAAAAAACCUGAGGAGAUAUAAUAAAAGGAGACCACAAAGUGAAAGAAUUGUAGGGAAUGUUAAGCAAGUUUUGCAAAACCCUACUUAUUAUGCACUUUUAGCCACAAGUUCAGAAAUUUCAAAAGUAAAAGCUUCAAAAAAUGAGCAAAUAAAACCAGAAAUAAAGAAAAAUGCUGAAAAUUCUCCUUGCAAAGAUGAAGUUUCAAAUUCUUCAAAAAUACCUGAAAAUGCCCAAGAUGAAACCCCUAAUAUUUUAUGCUCACUUUACGAAGAGCCAAAAGAAAAAGCUCACAUUAAUAAUACUCACCGCUACCAAAUAGAAGUUACUAAGUCUGAAGAGGUAAAAACUGAGCCAUCCGCUCCUGUCUACAACUUGGCAGACAUUCAAGCUGAAUUUUUAUAUAAAAAAACAACAAUAGGCAUGUUUAAAUUCCCUGAAGAUUUUCCAAUUUGCAACUGAGAUAGCCCAGAUCCAUUUGAGGGGGUAUUUCUGCGAGGGGAUUCUUUAGGAGGACUUCAAGAGCCUUGCCAAGACUUACAGCAUUCAGACUCUUUACAAAGUUUAAAGAGAUAUGACUCAUCCUCAGGUUGGAAAUCUGAUGUAAGUAUGGAUUUUUUAAUGCAGCUUAGGGCAUCUAGUUUAAAUUCAUACACACUUCCACCAUUUUCUCCGAUGGAUUCUUUUCAACAUAUAAACACGAAUUCAAGAAACAAUAAUUAA